AUGCUCAUCCAACGACGAAGCCUGAUCCUUUCCGUCAGCGCUGGCUCGUCCUCCCUCAAGGUCUUCUCUCCAAGCCCUCAGGAUCCACUUUCUCGGACAAUCUCGAAUCUUCCAUCGACAAUCUCUCUUCUCUGCCCGUCCGCUUCACUCUGGAGCACGAAGACGCCUCUCCACCAUCUGGAGCAUGGAUCCGGCAUCAAGAAAGGCGACCUCCAACAGGUCUACCACCGUGUCGACCACGGCGGCGGCUGCGCAGAGCCCGUCGCCAUCUCCUCAAAGACGUACGACGACCGCGUCGAGAAGCUCACCGACCUCGCGCCUCUACACGACGGCACCGCCCUGGCCGUCAUCCAAGCCUGCCUCAAAUCCCUUCCAAACGCGCGCUCCAUCGCCUCCUUCGACACCACCUUCCACUGCGCCCUCCCGGCCCACGUCUCCUCCUACGCCAUCGACCCCUCCGGCUUCUACGGCAUCUUCUACGCCUACAUCCUCCGCACCGUCUCCGCCCACGUCCGCAAACCACCCACGGGGGUCUCCAAAAUCGCCCUCCACCUCGGCUCCGUCGCCUCCGCCUGCGCCAUCCACGCCGGCCGCUCCAUCGACACCUCCAUGGGCCUCACCCCCGUGCACGGCCUCCCGGGUGCCACCCGCGCCGGCGCAAUCGACCCCAGCCUCAUCUUCCACUACACCAACACCGCCGGCCGCAUCUCGCACGACCCCGCGCACGCGACGAACGCGGGCGUCACAGAGGCGGAGGAGAUCUUGAACAAGAAGAGCGGGGAGAUCGCGAAGCGGGAUGCGGGCCGCAUCGGCGAAAAGUCGGUGGAGCUCCGGGAACGCAUCGCGGAGCGCGUGCGGUGUUUGGGAUACAGGCCCGUGGAUCCAACGAAGAACGCGGGUGUGGGGGAUGCGGAGGGGGCGGUGGUGGAUAUCACGGCAGCGGAAGGAGGGGAAGGGGAAGGGGAAGGGAAGAGGGUGUUGGUGUGUAGGACGGACGAGCAGUACGAGAUGGCGAGGGAGUGCGCUUUGGAGGAUGAAUUUUGGAAGUGA